UUCCGGUGUUACAGUGUUAUUAGUCCCCCGCACUGUCGCGUUUUCUCCAGUAAAUGUGCUCAUUUUUUUGUUUCAAAAUGCAUUCAUCUCACACGCUGGAACUCUUCCCCGAGCUCAACGUGACGCAAAUUCUUUUUAAAGAAGUCCAAAAUGCAGCCGAACUGAGGAAAAACGCAAUAGAUGGGAAAAUCCAGGGCGCUCUGAUCAACCCAACUAUGAAAACGAAUAAAAUGAAGACGAGAAGCUUGUUUUCGGAAAUCAUCUUCAAUCUGUCACCGACUAAUAAUAUCUCAGAAGCCUUUAAAAGAUUCGGUAUUUCUGACGGCGACGACUCCGUCCUGGUUGUUCUGAUCCAUGACAAAGAUGAAUCCCCACUCGUGACCGACAUCGCAACUAAAGUGGAUGGACUGCAAAUUCCAGUGGAUGAGAUGUGCUCAUUAUCAAACUUUGAAAAAAUUAAAAAGCUGUACAAAGUAACUCCUCAGGAGGAGAAGUGUGGAACACUCCAGGACGCAGUCAUAUGCAGAAUGGCCACUAAAGAUGUUAUGUAGCUCUGAUAAGUAUUUUUUUUAAAUCUCAACUACACAGAAAUAAUACAAUAAAAACACAUCAUACCACUAGAUUUCAUUUCUAUUAAUCUGGAAAGUUUGCGAGCUCGUCCUUGCCGAGGUUCCCCCCACUGAGGAUGCAAACGACCUUCCUCCCUUCGAGUCGGGGUAUUUUUCCGAAAGCCACGGCAGCGAAGGCGGCCGAACCGGACGGCUCCACCACCAAGCCCGCUCGGUACAGCGUCGACACGGCCGCCUUGAUUUGGUCGUCGCUCACCAGCACGAUUUCCUCAACGUGGCGUCGGCACAGCUCGUAGGGGAGCGCGCCUGUUGAAAAAUUGGCGUGAAAACGGCUGUUAUUAGCAAACGACGAGGUUUAGCAGUACCUGCAAAUGGUGGCGCAAGCCCAGAUGCAAUGCUGUUUGCGUCCAUCCCCAUUGGCUUCCUCUCAAUGAAACUUUUGUACAUGGUGCACGCUGUAGUAAAGCGUGGUGUCAGUUGGGUCAUUGAAAAACUAGAAAAUGUUGUUUUACCUCCUUCUGGUUCCACACCAUAGAUUCUGGUUUUCCCACAUCCUGACAGCUUGAUAGCAGCAGCUACGGCAGCCAGUAGCCCACCUCCUCCACAGCAUACCACUACCACAUCAGGGUCAGGCACGACCUCCAGGACCUCCAAACCUAAACUGCACAGAUAGAAGACUGCAGAGGGUGACAAAAACCGCACAAAAGGUCAUCCGUUGGCUACCUUGUCCACCAUCUACAACUCUCGGUGCCUAGAAAACGGGAUUGUCAUUGUGCGUUUCGUGCAUGUUGAUGAACUCAUUUCCUGCCAUUGACAACGAUAGAGUCAUUUAAAUUAUUCAUUUUGAAUAGAAGAGGUAGAUAAAUGAGUGUCCCUGUUGAUUUUGUGACAUUUGUAGGUCACUUCCUGUUGGUUUGAGGCACUUGCAUGUACAUUUGUUGAAACAUGAAUGCCCCAAAAUGAUCAGGAAGUGACCUGUGAGUACCCGAAAUGAUAUCCUGCAAGGAGGAUCAUAAAAGACUAUACACACCCACCUCUUCAACUCCUUGCCCUACGGCAGCUGCUACAAGGCAAUACCAACCAAAACAAACGUAAUGAGAGACAGUUUCUUUCCAAGAGCUUUCAACAUACUUAAGAUUGCACUGAAAUGUCACUGUCAUUGCACUGCUAAUGCCACAACAUUGUCAUAUGCAUCUCACUCAGUAAUACGUUCUCAGACACGUGUCUCAAUCUGGCGUACCGCAUAAUCUGGGCACAGUAGAUGCAAUAUUUGCACGGCUACAUUAUAGCAUUUUUGCACCGUUAUGUCAAUAUCUAUGCCAAAACUGUUAUUUGCACUAUGAUAUCAGGAUUGUACGAGUACUGUAAAUUGUCAUACACGCACUGUUGCUCUCUGGUAUAUUACCAUUAUUCCCAAUGUGUCCCACAGUGUUUAGCAUUAUUGUGAUUUUCUUUUUGGUUUCGUUUGUUAUUCUAUGCUCACCAAAUGAUGUUCUAAUUUACCUUGCAUGUCCCGCUAUGAGAUCCAAAUCGUCAUAAGAGUGCAAGAAUGUCAUGUCUUCGUCCUGAACGCAACGGUUCACCACAUUCAUCAGACAGGAAGUCGGAACUCGCUCCACGUCAAUUCCAAAACUCUUAAAAUGAACAAAAAAAUGACUAAGUCAUGAUUUUCGCUUUAAUGUACAUAACUUCUUACCUGUAUGAGGACUGAUCUGGACAAAGGCGCAGUUUCCGGCAUCACCACUUUGCCUUUGGACCCGUAGUGUUUUGACGCGAACGCAAAGGACUUCCCGUAAUUCCCUGCAGACAUGGUGACAAAAUGGCCACCCUCGGGCCUCCUGGCAAACUGAUUGGCGACACCUCGAAUUUUGAAAGAUCCUGUGGUUAAAAAACAUGAAGCCGACAUAAAAUGAUGCGGUGAUCCAGAUCUGACCCCCGGACCACGGGUUUGACACCCCUGCUCUACGGUUGUACCUGUUCUCUGCAUGUUCUCCAGUUUAAUAUAGAUACUUCGAGCCUUGUUGACAGGUAAAGUGGUUUGGCUCCAGAGGAUCAUGGGAGUGUUGAUGACACCCAAUGGGCUUCUCCUCACCAUCUCCUUGGCUUCUUGUAGAAGCUCCAGGGUUACACAAUCUGCAGAAACUUCAGCCAUCUAUGGAAAAACACUGCAAAUAUUUGUCUGAUUUUUUAAAUUGCUUUUUGUUUUUUCUUAUUUUCUUCAUCAGGUAUGUUAGCGAUUAUGCUAGCAAAGCUCUGAGUUAGUGUCCACUCUGAUACGUCUAAAUGGCACACUAUUAAUUAAAAAAAAAAAAAGACCCAAAUAUUAAAAGUAC